UUUAUAUACAAACUGAUAUAAACCCAUAACUGUUGAGAAUCUCGUUGAACGUUAUUUUCGAAUUACAGUGGUUUAUUAUCGUACAGGCACACUUUUGUCUUUUGUUGUAUAUCUGUCUCGUUAAUCAACAUAAUAUUUUUACAAAACCGAAUAUAGGUAAUUGCUUUCAAACAUUGCAUCGAUUUUAAAUUGCGUUUGCUAAGAGGUUUAAUUUCAUUAAUUUUUUUAUACGAAAAUAGUACCAAGCGUAACGAGACUGUUUCAGGUGAAGACAUUUUCAAAAAAUGCCAAAGUCAAAAGAGUACGUGUCUACUGAUGACGAUAGUAGCGAAGAGGAAGCGAAAUCAAAGAAGCCGAAGAAGAGGGAAGCGGAUGAGACCGUAGAGAAGACCGUAGCGAAAAAGACGAAAAAGGAAUCGACCGAGAACGAAGAGGCCGUUUGGGAUUUAGGAAACAAUCGGCAAGUUACAGUGAGAGACUUCAAAGGAAAAUUAUACGUUGAUAUUAGAGAAAUGUAUUUUGAUAAGGAUGGAAAUUUGAAGCCAGGAAAAAAAGGUAUUUGCCUGAACAUGGCACAGUGGCGAAAAUUAUUAGCGGUUACCGAAGAUGUAGACAAAGCUGUAAAAUCUAAAUCUUAAAUAUUUAUUUUUUUACGCGUCUUUUCUUUGCCGGAAACUUAUUACUUUACGUAUAUAUGUGUAUAUUUUACCUGUAAAAUGUAACGCGUCAACUCGUUCUGCCUCUGUUGCCAGAUAUUUCUAAUAAAGAAUACUUUUCAUCCGAUCGA